GAGAAAGUCAAUUGCAUCAGCAAAUGGGAAUCUAGGAAGAAGCAAAUCCAGCUCAAGUUGAUGAAGGAGUCCCUCUGAAGAUUUGCUUAUCUCAGUUCUGUAAAUGGAUUCAUAAGAUUCAGCAACAGAAGAAAAUUAUUUUUGCUGCUGGGGUUUCAGAGCCUUCUACUUCUGAAGUAAACUUAUGUGCAUUUGUUACUUGGUCAGGUAAAAAAUAUCAUAAAUGGGUAGCAUUAACACUAUGUAAUUCUUUAUUUCUAGUUUUAUACUUUCCAACCUAUUUUAUAUUUGUUAAUCUCCUGGGCUAGGAAAAAAAAUUUAAAUGCCUAGCAGAUGUUAGCCAAGAAAGGUAAAUUCAUACAUAUUUUUCAAGUUAGCCUUUUGGAAUUCCUGAAUUUUAAGCCUGAACUUAAAAAAUUUUUUUUCUAGAGUUCCACUAUUUUCUUGUGAAUUAAGCAAAGAUUUAGUGAAAACUCUUAUCAUGCUAUUUUCUACAGAGUCUUCAUCGGCUCAACAUCCAUUGCUUUUAUGCUUUGACACUUAAAAGAAAAAAAAACGAGCCAUUCAAAGUAGCUUUUUUUGUAUGACUGUGGUGGAACAUUGCUGUUAAUAGUCCUUGAUAGCAAUACUAUGUCAUUGAUAGCAUAGCAUUGGUAGUCAUAUUUGGUUUCCAGUUACUACAAAAUGUUUGGUUUUUCAAUGACAUUAAUAUUUUCCCAGAAUAUAGAAAAUAUAGCCCUUGUAAUUUAACAUCUUGCUCUUCUUUCUGAAAUAGUCAGGGUUUUACUGGGUAUUUAAGAAAUCAUUUUCAAAUUUAAUCAUCAACCUAACUUCUUAAUAGUAAGUUAUAUAAAGUGAAUAAUUUUUAGAUAUUUGCAGAGCAAUGAAAUCUUACUGUUUUAUUUUAUAUCAUCUUCUAGCAUUCUAUUUGUAAAUGGUGGCACCAUAAGUUAAAAAUGCUGGCAUCAUUGACUUUGUUCUAUUUUAAUGUACCUAAUGCAGACUGGGACUUGGGGGUUUGCCUGGAGUAUGAGUGUAAAAGAAAGCAGCUGUUAAAACCUGUGUUUUUAAAUUCUUGGAUUGAUCUCAGAUCAACUUACAAGCUUUUCUAUAGGAGAAAACCAAAAGGACUAAGUGGUGCCUUGCAGGAAGUGGGAAUAGAAUUCUCAGGACGAGAACAUUCUGGGUUGGACGAUUCUCGGAAUACUGCCCUUCUUGCUUGGAAAAUGAUCAGGGAUGGCUGUCUAAUGAAAAUUACAAGGUCAUUGAACAAGGUUCCCACUAAGAAGAAUUCCAGCAUUCUGGCCAGAAAUUUGAAAACAAAUCAAGUUGAAGAAAUGUCUGCCUGUAACAGCAUCCAGGGUCCUAGCAUAUAUGAUAAGGAGCCUAAAAAUACAAUAAAUUCUCGUGAAAAAGUUCAAAUGAAGUCAGUUUGUGCAAAUUUUCCUGUAAAGGCACAGAAGGAUCAAUUACAAGUAAAGAACACUAUAAAAACAGGUCUUCACAGUGUCAAAAGUUGCUUAUCUAUUAUUAAUUCUAAGUCCUCUACUUCUCUGGGGCAUUUGCAGUCUCCUACCUUGAAUUCACCUAUCUAUAUGCAAAAGCAAGGAAAAAAUGAACAUCUUGCAUUUAAUACCAAAUCUAAGUCUUCAACAGUUGGUUCAGAAUUGGUACUUGUUUCUACCACCAUUCCAACUGUUAAUCAUGUUUCCGAUAUGGAAAUGAGCUCUACCCUUGACUGUUUGCCUAUGUUGGCUGAUUGGGAGGAUGUGGUUUUACUGCCAGCAUCUCAGCCUGAGAAAAACAUAGACUAUACAGUUCGCAUUAGUGAUUCAGACUUAGCGAUUUCAUUUAAUUCUGGAGAAAGAUUAAUGGUUCUGAAAGAAUCAGAAAUGCCAAGUCAUGAAAACUUUGGAGACGUAGAGAAAACUCUUCAAAAAUCUGAGACUUCUAAGUCUAUUGUCUACAAGAGUCCUCACACUACUAUUUAUAAUGUAAAAGAAGCCAAAGAUCCGGGUUCAGAUGUUUCUGCCUUUAAGUUACCUGAACACAGAUCAAGUACCUGCAACAGAGUUAAGGCCAAUAUGUCUCAUCCUUUAGUUUUGGGGAAGCAUCCUCCUCCUUCAGAUGGUACCAAAAGGAAUCCAUGCAGUCCUCAAGCUUUCCCACCAGCAAAAAAACAACCCUUCACUAUUCAUGAAGAAAAGCCUAUGUCAUCUGAUUGCUCCCCAGUAAGAAGUUCUUCCCGGAAGCUUUUCCCAUCUGUAUUAACUUCUAUAGUUAACCUACAAGAGCCUUGGAAGAGUGGGAAAAUGACACCUCCCUUAUGCAAGUGUGGGCGAAGGUCUAGGAGACUUGUUGUUUCCAAUAACGGACCGAACCAUGGAAAAGUCUUCUAUUGUUGCCCUAUUGGGAAAUACCAAGAAAACAGAAAAUGUUGUGGUUAUUUCAGAUGGGAACAAACACUUCAAAAGGAAAGAGCCAACAGCAUAGUUCCAUUUCAUUCCACAGGAGAACUUACUUUUAAUUCUCCAGAAACAAGCCAUCUUCGUGUCCAAAAUUUAAGUAUUUCCACCAGAAAUUCCUUGAGACUCAGGCCUUCAAUGAGGAAUUGAUAAUCUUUCAUGUAUGAAUUCUAAUUGUUCUUUGAAUUUCCAAACAUGAGUAUUCUGAUAACA